AUGCCCGAGCACCGGGAACCGUCCCCUUGGGCAUCAUCGGCCACGGACAGCACUUAUUCGACACCGGUAUCGGAAUCACUGGGAAAUGCACAGCCAUGGGGGUGCUCAAACCACCUUCUCUCCCCAUAUCCUAAUCCGGCUUCUCGAGUCAGCCCCGGGCCUGGACUUGGAGGUUUCAUUCACCCGAAUCCCUACUCCUCCAACCCCCACAGCACACAGACCUAUUCGGCCGGAACAAUCUUCCCAAAUACUAUGGGCUUUAGCGGUCAAGACGUCAGCAACCAUCAGGCCUCCGGACUGAGCAACAUGCACGGGAACACAAUGGCCGGCGGCUUUCGAGGCCUCACCCCAGAGCCGCGCACCUCGGCUCAAGCAAGUGGCGGUUUGAUCACACCCGCCCCCGUCCUUUCCACUGGCAUUGACCCUUCGCUCGGAAUGCUUCGUCAGAAGCAGGGGUUUAUGGACACACGAUUAGGUGCCCAAACCGCCAUGAUGACUGAUAUGAGCGUUGGAUAUGCUGCGAGUGGUGAUGUGAGCCCGGGUGGCGAGAUAACAGGGUUGAACUUGGAGUUGGGGAGCAAGUAUGCCAUGCACUCCUCCAUGCCACCGUCCAUGAACAUCCCCCUUCCGGCCGCCAUCAGGACUGCUAUUCCUGGCUAUCUUGAUGUCUAUUGGGAGAAGGUACACCCUGUGCUUCCAAUUGUGCAUCGGCAGUCAUUUGAAGCCGAGCCGGAAGAUGUGCUGAGGUGUGCCAUGGCAGCCGUAGCCACCCAGCAUCUCGACACCAAGGAGGACCGCAACCGGGGGAACCAGCUUCACGAGCACGCGUGGCAAGAGGCGAAGCGAGCAGCCAAAUGGAGCCUGCAAAUCAAGCAGACGAUUCUUCUCUGCGAGUACUUUGCGCGCUUCCGAGGCCGAAAGCCGGUUACCAAGCCCUCAGACCUGUUCAGGCAUCUCCACCAGAGGGUGAGUACUGAGCAGUCCAUUACUGCACCGCUGUCUUUCUCUCUUAUGGAGGAUUCUGUUUCUUGGUUCUUCGACACCAGCGCCUGGUCUCCAACAUCCUCCCCCGUUUCCUCUGUCUCUUCCUUUGAUUCCAUCACGCCGGCUACCAUUGCCACCACCACUCCCAUGGUUCUCAGGCACCUGAGCCCCUUCUCGAACACAUCAUGGCCACAGGCCAUUGUCCCUUCAUCUUAUGUUUCUCCUGGGUCCUCCUACACGGAUCCUUCUUCUUUCACGCAUCAUUCUCGUUCCAACACCUCUCCUUCUCCUGCUCGUUCGCGAGAAAUCUCUCGGAUCUGGUCUUUUCUCUUUUCUCCCGAACGAUACGACUCUGUACCGGCGACGGGGAAUUCUCUUUCAUUUUCGACUCUUUCUCAGAGCUCUGCGCAGGCGUACUCACAAUUUGUCUCCGACACACAGGCCCUUUGUCCCGACUCCGGCAUGCUCGAUCAAGCUAUGCUCAGUUCGGACCAGCACUUGGUCAACGACCACGAGAGGUGGAAGCGCUGGGUUGAAGCCGAGUCCUGCCGUCGGCUUCUCGCAGCUUGCUUCAUUUGCGAUGGUCAUACAUCGAUCUACCAGCAGCAUGGGCGCGUUCUGGAUGGCAAUGAAAGCCUCCCGUUGUUCGGCAACAGUGAGAAGCUUUGGGGAGCCUCCACGGCAGAGGAGUGGCACGCCCUACAGGCUUGCGACCCGGUCUCUGCCCACGCUGCCGCCCAGCCAGCUUGCGUCUCCGACAUUGAAAGCCUCACCCCAGAAUACAUUGAAGCUUGCGGCCGGGCAGAUCGCAUGGUCAUUCUUGGCCUAUGCGCUCUGCGUCUGCCUCGACGGCCGGCGUCAUCAUCCACAGUUGCCCUUUCAGCCGACAACUCUCCCGCCCCGGACUUUGAUUCAAGCCAGCAAGCACGUCUCCAGCAGCAACCCCAGGACAUGGAAGCCGAGCAGCGCAUCCAGCGGCUUUUCCGAACCUGCCCCAUCGCCAACACCUACCUCGCCCUAAACCACACGCCCCUUCGUGAUCUCCUGGCCGUCAGCGGCGACUCUUGGGCCUACGCCCAGAAGGUCCUUCCUGCUACCAUCUUCCAGGAACACGUCAGGCGAGUCAGGCAGUGGGCUGGCGGCAGCCUUCCGGGCCUCAACAUUCUCAAAGCCACCCUCUUUGCCUCGCGUGCCCUGCUCGGGUUUCUGGACAGUAAUCGCAGGAAUGUGUCUGAAGACAGCGGCAGCAGCAGCUCAGCUGCAUCGUCAAGGGUGGCAGAUAUAUCCGACUACUGGGCCCUCCACGUCUGCGUGCUCGUCUGCUGGGCGUUUAACCACGGUCUGCGGAACAGCAGCAAGGGCCAGCAGCAGCAACAAGCGCAAGUGCACCCCCGGCAACGAAGCAGCAGUGGCGGGCCCAGCGGUGGAAGCAGUCCUGCCUCGAGAACGAGCGGGCUGUCGACCGCGUCCACGCUGAACAGCUCUGAUGAUGAGCCGAUCCGCUGGCUGCGCAGGGUGGCUGAGUGCAGCCGUCUGGAGGACGUCUUAAGGUUCCGGGCCCAUCGCGAGGCGGCGGGCGUGGUUGGGCUUGUGAGGCGCCGGAUGGAGAGUGACUGUGUCGGCAGUCGGAAUAAGCUGUAUGUGGACGCCAUGGGAGUGUUGACCAAGAUUGAGGAGAGUGCUGCUAUCAGGAGGUGGUUCUAG